AUGGCCUCAGUCGACUCAACAAAGGUCACCAUGACAUAUCACAUGAGCAGUGAAGUGAGAGACUUUUUACAGUUCUGGGAAAAUCUGAACAAUCCUGAGAAGACUCCUGAUUCAGAUAAGACCAAAGAUAGAAAGGAUCAGACCAGAUACAGGACGGACUUCCCCAGGGUGGGACUCUGCCUCAUCAUCAACAACGAGAACUUCCAAGGAGAAAUGGACACUCUGACGGGCGGGCAACUGGACGUGAAUGCUGCAAAGAAGACAUUUGGGAAUCUGGGCUAUGAAGUCAUCGUGGAGCAGAACCUCACUGUUCAAGAGAUGAGAAAACAAAUGUUGAAAAUCUCUAAGCUGGACCACAGUGGCUACGCGUCCUUUGCUUGUGUGAUUUUGAGCCACGGGCACCAGGGCGUUGUCAGUGGAAUAGACGGAAUUGUUCCUUUUGAAGAUCUAACCAUAUAUUUGAAAGGAGAGAGAUGCCCAACCCUCCUGGGAAAACCCAAACUCUUCUUUAUAGAUACAUGCCAGGGAAGCAAGGUUGACAGAGGCGUAGAUGUAGUCGAUGGUGCUGAGGGUCCCACUGUUCGCAGGAUCCCAGUGGAGGCAGACUUCCUGUACGCCUACGCAACAGCUCCAGGUUACAUUGCGAGAAUCAACUCCCACACCGGCUCCUGGUUCAUUCAGGCGGCCUGUAAGAUCCUGGAGGAACACAGGGACCUGGAGCUGCUGCAGAUCCUGACGAGAGUCAACAGAAAAGUGGCCUACGACUACCAGCAGUUUUCAGAGUAUUUUGGAAAAACAUAUGAUAAGCAAAUGCCCUGCCUUGUCUCCAUGUUAACCAAAGAGUUCUACUUCCCCAAAAAGUGA